CGCUAACGCCUAUAUUCCUCUGUAGCGAUGCGCGUGAGAUGCCGCAUAGUGGCGCUGCCUCUGCUAAGAUAAUAAUUUUGGGUUUCCCUACUGAACCAAUGCUUCACACACCGUAAUUUUUAAUUAAAUCAUGCACGGUAUAACUUUGGUAUGCACAUGUAAAUUAAGCACAAAAAUUCAGCAUAUCGUGUGAAUUAUUUCAUAUUUUUAGUGGUUGGGUAACCUACUUUCAUAAAAUGAUUGAUUUUUCCCCAUUUUCCCCCAUUUUCCGAAACCAGAUUGUAUUAAUCGUGAAACGCUGCAUGUAAAAAAUAGAAAACUGCAGUAAAAGUCAGUGUUGUUUUGGCGGGUUUUUUUCAUACCAUCAUAGACCAAGUUUAGUUUUGUACUGUUUUGUUUUAGCUGGUUUCACUUCAACAAUUGAUAUGUUGUAGGGUAUCCUUCUCGAAAUGGCGCAGUGUUACAUAAUUGGUUGUAGAAAUGGCAGAAAGAAACGCACUGCUUUAGGGACACUACCUAAUGUCAGCAACCUAGUAAAAAAAAUCAAUUUAUUCAGAAACCCAAAAGAGGUAGAGUAUCUAAAAUUGUGGGAGAAAAGUAUUCCAAAAGAGAAAGGAAUUUCCUUUCCCAAGAAUUACUGGUUGUGUGAGGAACACUUCGAAGAGGGUGACAUAAUUAGGAAUGACAUAACAGUCAUCAAUGGACAGCAAGUUUUGUUACCUCGACAAAGAUGCAAAUUAAAAGAUGGAGUGUUGCCAAAAAUAUUCAUAGGAACACCUACUGAACUAUUGCCAACAACAAAUUCCAUAAGAAUACAGGAAACCAUUAGAUUACCUGUCUCUAACGUCAAGUAUACAACCUAUUACAAUCGGUGCAGUACUAAAACGAAGAAAAGCACAACUGUAACAUACAGUCACAGUGCAAAUGAUUGCGAGCAAGAAAGUCAUAUUGAAACUGCUAACAGUGCAAAUACUAUUCAGUUAGAGGAACCAAUUGAAGCUCAAUCUUGUACAACACCGGAAGAAAUGCCAUUACAAACUCCUUCACUACCACUAGCAUACAUGGAAGUGAAAUUACCUUCAAGUAUGUGGUUGAAGAAACAAGUAAAUGCGUACAGUGUCAACUAUUUUGAAGUACAGCAGAAAGAUUUCAGCCUCGCCAUUUUUAAGAAUGUCAACAUCAAUUGGGUCUCAGACAUUCACAAAGUAACUGUGGCAGUUCACUCUAAAACUGUUCCAGAUUUUGAUGGUGCAAGUAUGCCAUGUACAACUGAAAGGGAUAUUGAAGAACUACUAAUUAGUAUUGACAAAUCAAGAUUGUGUCCUGGUAUAAAGAACGAUGAGAACAAACACCCGAACCAUACCAAAGUUGUUCAUAAUGGAAAAUUACUCAACAAUGUUUGGUUAGCAAACAGUUGUAGGAUUUUGCUUUCAGCGACAGAAAAAUCGACAAAGCCAUGUUCUGCUUGUAAGUUAUUAGAUCAUUCGAUGAGGAUGCAAGUUAAACGAAGCAAAAUUAUGAAAGAGAAUUCGAAACAAAAUCAUCGAUACAUGCAUCUGAAACAACUGGCAAAGAAAGUGCGUGAAGAAGGAAAAAAAGCAUUGUAUUUCAAGAGACAAGUUGAAAAAAAAAAUAUCAAGAUAAAAGAACUCAAGUUGCAGAUAAAUGCGCUUCGUAAUGAGAUAGCAUCUCUUAAAAAGGAUAAACUUAAGGCCGUUUUAGACGAACUUGAUGAUAAGGGAAAGCUUGUGGUUAAAACCAUUGUCAUGAAAGCAAGAUGUAAGGAUAAGAAGUUUCGGGACAUGCGAUAUGAGGUUGAAUGGCUUUUAGAAUGUUUGCUGAUGAGAGUGAAAAGUCCUGCUACCUACGAACACUUAAGGAUUAACAACGUAUUACCUUUACCAUGCAAAGAUACAAUUAGAAAAAUGACUAGUUGUCUUUCAGCUGAAUUUGGGUUCAACGAUUUUGCAAUUCAGUGCAUAAAGAAACAUUUCAGAAACUUGCCACUACAUUUGAGAUAUGGUUCGUUGAUGUGGGACGAAAUGGCCAUCCUACAAGACAUACGAUUUGACAAAAACAAUUUCCAAUUUAAAGGAUUUUCCUACCUACAUGCUAGCCCUGAUGAAGCCGAGGACGACGAAAAUAAUAUUUCAGCUCUCAAUGAAAAUUGGUUUGACGAAGAAUAUGAAGUGGAUGAGAAUAAUAUUCACGAAGAAACGUUAACUCCACAUUUAGCAGAUCACGCUCUUGUAUUGGUAUUUAGACCAUUUCGUGAUCGAUGGAUACAACCCAUCUCAGUGUUUGCUUCAAAAAGUGCAGCUAAAGGCAAAGAGCUACAAAGCAUCGUUAUGAAAGCAUUAAUUUUGCUUGAAGAAGCGGGUGCGAGAGUUGUAACUACGGUCUGUGACGGUUCACAGCCAAACAAUUCGCUGUGGAACUUAUUGGGAAUAUCAGGCUGCAACACUGACUACGUGACCAUGAAAAAUUCCAUCAAGCAUCCGAUCUCUGAUACAGAAAUUUUUUUUAUGAGAGACGUCCCCCACUUGUUUAAGUGUAUUCGAAAUCAUAUUUUUAAUCAUGGCGAUACUCAAGUUUCCGGUAAAACGGUUCGAUAUUCGCAUCUUCUGAAAUUAUUUCAGCAUGAUUCUGAUCGGGGAAGCACAGGACUCAGUGUUGUUCCAAAACUUAAGCCUGUCCAUCUAAGCCCUAAUAGCUUCCAGAAAAUGAGCGUCAAGCUUGCAGUUCAGAUUUUGUCAAAUGCUGUCGCCGACGGUCUCAAGCGUUACCGUUCAGACGGAAAUACAAAGUUAGCGAAUCAGUUUAAAGACAGUGAAGCGUUGGAAGAACUCGUGAGGCUUUUAAAUAACUCAUUCGACGUCAUGAAUUCUAGAUGUAAAGUGAAUGCGACGACAAAACAAAAUUGGGCCGACAGGCGUGAGACACUCUCACAGUUAUACAAAUGUAUUGAGGAAACUGAAUUUGCUGCGUGUGGACAGUUGUCACAAAUUGAGCAAGAAGAUGAAACUUUGAAAGAUUCAGUUCUAGAGAAGGAUUGUUUUGAUGGAAACACAUUUGAAGACCGUAGAACCAUAGUAAUUGAUUUGGAAUACUGUUCCUCCGCUGAAGCGUUCAACUUGCCGGACAACGCUGAAAAACCUACAGAAAAUACUACAACUGUCUAUGAACCAUUUCUAUCAACAACCACCAUGAAUGGUUUAAGGGUGACGAUCCUGAGUACAAUUGAUGUUACAAAUUUUCUGUUUGAGUCGGGAUACGAUUACGUUUUAACAGGAAAAUUUAAUCAAGACUGUAUUGAGAGAUUUUUCGGUAUCAUUCGAAUGAGCGGUCGCUGUGGCGACAAGCCUACAGUUACAUCUUUCUUGGAACUCUUUCGGUUGUUAACACUCUACUACCCUACUAAACAAAUCCUUAGAGGGAGCAACUGUGACAAUGAAGAAAAAAAUGUUGUGCUUACAACAUUUAGCCUAUGGAUGAAAUCUAGAUUCAACGAUAUGAAGGAAAAAAUGAAACAACGAAAGGAACACCUCCGUGACGUACUACUAAAAGGAAUAGAACGUGAGCUAUGUAGUCUGUCAGUGAUCGAUCCACUCUCACAAGUAAGUAUAUGUGAUCCAAACACAAAACUUGAUGUUUUGGACUCUGAAAUUAUUUAUUACAUUUGCGGGUACGUUGUACAUUGUUUUCGUAAGAAAGGCAGAAGGAAGAACUCGACAUUUUGUAAAGAAUGUCUGAAAACUGUCGAUGUUAGUAUUGAAGAUCUACCACUAAAUUUCACUGCAAAAAUGCUCACAGAAAUAAAAAAACGGGGACAGCUAAUUUUCAGCUCCUAUAGCUUGUUCCAAUUGUUAUGUGAAGUAGAAUUAGCUUUUUUGUCAUUGGUGCAACGUGAUAUGGUAUUUGUUCGUGAUGCCUUUGAGGCAACUUUAACAAUUCUCGCUGCCAAAAAAUUGCCAUUCGUUGGUUGUCCGCAACACCAAAAAUCUCUCAUGGUUAGUGUAAUUUUUCAGUAUUUAAUUCUACGUUUCCGUUGUUUCGGGGAAAAGAAAUUUAUCGAUAUAGUGGAAGAGAAAAAAACGCAAUCUCAUGCAAGGAUGAAAUUGAAAAAAUUAAAUAAGUCAGUUAGAAAAUAAAGUCAAGGGCAAAUUACUGUUCGUAAAUUUCAAGAAAAUACAAAGAACGUUUGAACAUUAA